CAUAAGAGGGUUUUGGGUUGCAGUUUGGGCACUCGGUCUCUAAAAGGUUCGCCAUCACUGCCAUAGGCAGUUGAGAUAUUGUCUUCUAAAUACAUGCUGAUUGCCAAACGACCAAAUUUUGAUCACAUGACCAUGCGCGUGCUGCAAAUCUUAUUUUUUCAGUAUUGUUGUAAACAGUUGCAAACUGAGGGCUAUCUGUAGAUUUCAAAUAGUAGUGAGAUUUAGGAUGGAUUGAGGAAGGUUUGAGGUGGGGUGAAGGACACUAGGUCUUCCGUUGCCUCACACUUCUCUCCGGCUUAAAAGCUUGGAAAAUAUGGAAGUCUGAAUACCCCUUCCUCCUUGCAGGGAUGUCACCCGAGGGGGAGGCUGCUCCAUGGAAGAUCAGAAGCUCACCAGACAUUGUCCCAAGAUGGAUGCCAGAAAUUCUGCAUAGUUCUCAACGCCAUUGUUGCCUGGCCUUAAGACCUGUACAGUAGUUUGCAAGAACCAAACAUGGUGGUUAUUCCAGAUUUAUUUUACCUGGCCGGAAAAGGAUGCACAGCAAUACAGGCUGGCCAACGCCUCUGGCACCAUCACUCUCAAAUGCAAAGACCUGAAAAUUCUGCAGUUGGAAAUUCCUGGAAUGGCAGAGUGCCUGAACAUUGCCAGCUCCAUUGAGGCCCUUUCUUCUCUGGAAUCGGUGAUGAUGACGUACCCCUUCUUCUACAGACCCCAAAACACAACGCUGGGCACUGGGUGGCUGACGCACAUUACCGAGCAGUAUUACGAGCAGAUUGCAACUGACACAGGGGCCUGGAGGCUGAGUUCCAUCAAUGCAGACUUUGGCGUCUGUCCCAGUUAUCCCCCAGUUGUGAUCGUACCGGCGAGACUGGAUGAUGGAGCCCUUCAGAAGAGCGCCCGGUUCCGUCAGGGGAGGCGAUUCCCAGUUCUCAGCUACUAUCACAAAAAAAAUGGGACGGCGAUGCUUCGCAGCAGCCAGCCUCUCGUGGGGCCCAACCGGAAACGCUGCUAUGAGGAUGAGCAGCUCUUGACCACCAUCCUAGAGGGCGGGGAUCGUGGCUUCAUCCUGGACACCAGGUCGUUGCAGGCCGCAAAGCAGGCCCGGGUGAUGGGGGGCGGCCUGGAGCACCGAAGCUGCUACCGUGGCUGGAAGAGGCUGCACCGAGCUCUAGAGAGGGGUCGCUCCCUCCAGGAAAGCUUCAUCAAGCUGGUGGAAGCCUGCAAUGACCCUUCUCCUCACAUGGACCGCUGGCUGAGCAGGCUGGAAGCCUCCAAGUGGUUGUCCCACGUCAAGGAAGCCUUGAAUGCUGCCUGCCUGGCAGCCCAGUGCCUGGAAAGAGAGGAGGCUUGUGUCCUGGUGCACGGAGCCGAAGGGAAGGACGCCACCUUGCUGGUGACGGCUCUUGCCCAAGUUAUCCUGGAUCCAGCCUGCAGGACGUUGGCCGGCUUCCAGGGACUGCUGGAGCGGGAAUGGAUACAGGCAGGACACCCCUUCCAGCUCCGCUGCGCCCACUCUGCCUAUGCGCACGCCCGGCUCAAGCAGGAGGCACCUACUUUUCUCCUCUUCCUCGACUGCGUCUGGCAACUGGGGCGCCAGUUCCCCUUCUCGCUGGCGUUCAAUGAGCAUCUCCUGCUGGCACUCUUUGAGCAUUGCUACGCCUCUCCCUAUGGCACAUUCUUGGGCAACAACGAGAAGGAAAGGAGGUUGUGUGAUGUGAGGGGGAAGACCCACUGCCUCUGGCCCUGGAUAAACCGUGUGGAGAAGUACCUGAAUCCCCUUUACCUGUACAACCCCCUGGUCAUCUGGCCCUCCGUGGAGCCACAGAGCGUGGUGCUCUGGCAAGGUUUAUUUCUCCACUGGGUCCGUUCGUCCCACCAUCUUGAUGAAGCUUGGGCAGAAAUUCAGCAAAUAGCAACAAAUAGCCAAACCUACUCACAACAGUUGCACAGAGCAAUGUGAAAGUAGACUGCAACACCCCUUUUUAGAUGAAGGAAUCAAAGAAUUAGCUGAUAAAUGUCACCCCAAAAGAGGAGAGCUGAAAACAGAGUGAGGGUGCUGACACAGAGCCACCAAGGAGAGAAAUGAGCUCUUCAUCUGUGGCACAGAGAACUCUGUGAACAUGUGGAUGUAUUUCCCAGACCUAUUUUUUUAACUUUACAAAUAAAAUACAGCUCUUUAAAUCCACGUUUUAGAUCAAAGAAAUCCAGAACACAAGAUCAAUCUUCCUGGUAACGAGUCAUCUGAAUGCUCAUAUGUAGCCACCCCAACUUGGAGCCAAUAGCUACAUUUAGACAAUAAAGGUGACAUGGCUAAACUUUUAAAA